AUGUUGCUAGAAUUGGCCCCUGCGGAAACCAUCUUUCAGUCCUCGAAGAGGCCAGAGGCGCCUGGAACAGGGUACGGUGGCUUUCACCCAACCAGUAUAGUUCUACCAGAAGGUCACUGCCGAACCCCAGAAUGCAGGCCACUUCCAAUAGCUCUUAUCUGGGAUCGGGAUGUUCCACUCCGUAUGCGCGACGGUGUUCAGAUUCGAGUGGAUAUAUUUCGGCCUGAAGAAGCUGUGGCUCAGUUGCCAACUUUGAUGGCGUGGAGUCCCUAUGGAGUAAUCAGCCUGGAUAUGAUUCCUCAUCGCGCAGGGAUUCCAAAAUGCAAGCUAUCCGGGUACGAGAAAUGGGAGGCCCCUGACCCAGCAGAGUGGUGUGCAAAGGGGUAUGCAGUGGUGAACGUUGAUGCCCGUGGCGUUUUUGAUUCUGAGGGAGACAUUAGAUGGCUGGGAACCGGAGAAGGCCAGGAUGGUCAUGAUGCCAUUGAAGAGGUUGCUAAGCUACCUUGGUCUAAUGGACGGGUUGCACUCGCUGGUAACUCCUGGCUUGCAAUGGCUCAGUGGUUUAUUGCAGCCGAAAACCCACCUCAUCUCACAUGCAUUGCCCCUCUGGAAGGAGCAAGUGACUUCUAUCGGGAAACUUUGUGCCGGGGAGGAGUUCCCUUUAAGCCUUUCUGGGAUAUGUUACGCACAUGCCUGGUUGGACGCAACCGUGUCGAAGACCCUGUCGCGAUGAUUGAGAAGUACCCUAACUGGCAUGCUUAUUGGGAAGACAAAAGAGCACGGCUAGACAAGAUAUCAAUUCCUGCCUAUAUCUUGGCUAGCUACUCGACAAUGAUCCAUACCGAAGGAUCCUUUCGCGGGUUUGAAGACAUUGCGUCUAAAGAUAAAUGGCUCACUGUGCAUGCCACCCAGGAGUGGUUUGAUCUCUAUUCACGGGAACGAAUUGACGACCUCGCCUCCUUUUUUGAUUGUUAUAUGAAAGACUGCAACAAUGGCUGGAAGAACACUCCCAGGGUUCGGGCCUCGAUACUUCCAUUCAACAAUGUCGCGAUGGUCAAUGUUCCUUUCUCUGCCUGGCCUCCUGUGAAAACGGAGUAUCACAAACUAUAUUUGCAGUCUUUCAACACCUUGUCCACGGAGUACGCAAACUCAAAGUCAGGAGUCGCACACUACCCAGCUGACCAACCUGGUACCCAGGGAGGAGAUGACUCCGGUCAACUGUCAUUCUCAUACAAAUUCGCGUCGCGUAAGAUGCUUUUGGGGUAUUCGAAGGCUGUUCUCUUUAUGUCGGCCGAGCAGGCUGAUGACAUGGAUGUAUUCGUGCAGCUUCGCAAGGCCGAUAGACAGGGUGAGAUUCUUGAGCACCUGAAUAUACCCCUCAAAGAUAUGGAGUUGUCGAGGGUGAAUGAGGUGCAACAGAUCAAUCCGUUGAAAUAUCUUGGUCCCCCUGGAAUUCUGAGGGCCAGUCACGCAGAGCUUGAUCCUACCCUUUCUACGGAUUUCCACCCUGUCUAUACCCAUCAAAACCCCCAAAAAAUCACUCCGGGCCAGAUCGUGAAGCUAGAAAUCUCUAUUUGGCCCACUGGAAUCUUAUUCGAGCCUGGUGAGAGCUUGGUUUUGAGGAUUGGUGGCAACCCUCAAGUGUUGGCAGAGUUCUCUGCACUUCGGGGCAAAUGGCUGUCUAAUAACAAUGGCACCAAUUCUGUUCAUUUUGGUGGAAAGUACCUUAGUUAUAUCUCCGUUCCAUUUGUUUAG